AUGUCAGAUCUCCAUAACAAACUUCAACAGUUACAAGCAGAACUUAAUAGAAAACAACUAAGUUUAAAGAGUUCAGAAGACCAACUUAUUGAUAUUGAACAGGAUCACAGACAGGGCAUAGAAAAACUUGCUGGAGCACUUAAGGAUAAGGACAAAACUAUUGAGGCUUUGGUAGAAAGUUGGCAGGAAAAAGACAAACUAAUCAAAAGAUUACAGCAGGUAACUGCAGCUUCACGUGGAACUAUAAUGGAUAAUAACAGGCUUAGAGAUGAGGCCGAUGAACUUAGGAAUCAGUUAGCUAAGAAAAAAGAUGAAAUUAGCGAAUUAAAGCUUCAGUUAGACAGAGAUGGAUCAAGGAGUCCCAAAGCAGGAUUUCAUGUAGCCUUAGAGGAACUGAAACUUCAAUUGGCAGUUAAAACAGAGGCUCUUAAAGCUGCUAAACAAACAGAAGAAGACUUCAGGGAACAAAUUAAUUCUUUACGAAAGCAACUUGAAUCGGCUCACCAGAGUAUGAAAGAAGUACACACAACAGAAAAACAAGUGUACUACAUGAGAGACAACUCUGAUGGAAAUGGACAUUCUGACCAGUACCAGGACUUCAUACAAAGAGAAUUGAAUGAGUUGCAAAGGAUUCAGGAAGCUGAGAAACAAAUUCUGUUGGAUCUAAAGGAAAAAUCAAUGUUUGAGAAAUCACACAAUAUAGAGGCUGAAUUAGCUGCAAUACAGACACUGAAAAGAGAAUUAGAAGCUGGAAUUCAGAGGAAUAAUAAACUACAGCAGCAAUUGGAACAACAGAAAUCCAGGUCACCCAGGAAAGGAUCCAAGGAUAGUUCACAGGAUGACCAUUUUGACAUGGAAAGAAGAUUCAGUGACCAGUCCAGUGAUACUGCUAAUACUUCUGACUCCAGACGGUCAAGUGACACCACUCCACGUAAUCAAGAUAUUGAAGUUCCACAACAUUCCUACUCUUGGCCAUUGGUCCAAAAUAAAAAGCCACAGCUUCUGAAAACCUGGUCGCCAUCAUCAACAGAUUCUGAUAUUCCUUUGAAUCGUCAGAGCUUGUCAGAAAAGUCUGCACCUAUGUUGAGAAAGUUUAUUCGUCAAAUGAAAAAUCAGUUUGACAAAGCUGGGAAAGAAAAUGAUGAAUUACGCCGUAAAGUAGAUGGUUUUGAUAGUCGAGAGAUUCCAGGUAGAAAUGAUAGUGAUGUAAGUAGUUUACCCAUAAUGCAUUUGGAAAUAGAAAGACUGACACAGGAAUUAAGUGUGAAAAAUGAAGAAAUCAGGAAACUCAAAUCGAGCAUAGGCUUUGCUGUUGAUAGUAUGGACUUGAAUGAUGUACCAAAUUUAACAGACUUGCAAAAUGAAAACUUGAAAUUGAAAGUACAACUUGGUAAUCUUGAAGAAUUGAAUAUGCUUCUUAAAAAGCAGAUUGCUUUAAAUUCACAAAGUGCUAGUCCAGAUAUUCUCAAAAGUCUUUUGAUGGAAGCUAGAAGCAGAUUGCAAGCCCUAGAGGGCAAACUAGAAGCUACUGAGGGCACUGUUAGACUAGCUAGAGGCAGAUUGCAAGCCCUAAAGGGCACACUAGAAGCUACUGAGGGCACUGUUAGACUUCAGACCAAAAAGAUGAAAUAUUAUCGUAACUUAUUAGAAGAAAAUGGACUAGUAUUUAAGAGUCCUCUAGGAAUUCGCUCUAACAGUGAAUCAAACAUUGUCAUGGCUCUUGGAGGUAGAAACUUGUGUAAGAAUAGCCAGACUCUUUCUUACGAUAACAUUCCUGAAUUACUGGUGGACUCACAGACAGAAUCUUCAGAGUCUGAUUUCUCAGAAAAAUACAAAAGUUACGGAAAUACAAAUAAUGUUUCUGAGUUGAAGGACCAGGUCAGACAAUUGAAGAUAGCCAUGUUUAAAUAUAAAGCUGUAAUAAAAUCAAAUAUGUCACAGGCCAAGGCCCAGAAAUUAGAGGAAACAGGUGGUUUUGUAGCUAAACAUACAUGUCUAAAGGAAAGGAUAAGAAAAUGUGAAAGAAAGUGCCAUGAGUGA